GCGCGGCGCGGCGGCGGCGGCGGCGCUGGGCGGCCGGGCGGAGGUGGCAGCAGUCCUGGGCCCAGGCCGGGGCUCCCCGGGCCUUCAGGAAGAUGCUACCAAGUACUUCAGUGAGUUCUUCGAUGCAGGGGAACGGAGUAUUGAACUCCAGGGAUGCAGCGAGACACACGGCUGGAGCAAAGCGCUACAAGUACCUCAGAAGGCUUUUUCGGUUUCGGCAGAUGGACUUCGAGUUUGCCGCGUGGCAGAUGCUGUACCUGUUCACUUCCCCACAGAGGGUUUAUAGAAACUUUCAUUACCGGAAGCAAACAAAGGACCAGUGGGCUAGGGAUGACCCUGCUUUCCUGGUCCUCUUAAGUGUCUGGCUCUGUGUAUCCACCAUAGGAUUUGGCUUUGUGCUGGACAUGGGAUUUUUUGAGACAAUAAAGCUGCUCCUGUGGGUUGUAUUCAUAGAUUGUGUAGGUGUUGGCCUUCUGAUAUCAACAUUAAUGUGGUUCAUCUCCAACAAGUACCUAGUGAAACGGCAGAGCAGAGACUACGAUGUGGAAUGGGGAUACGCUUUUGACGUGCAUCUGAAUGCAUUUUACCCGCUUCUAGUCAUUCUGCAUUUUAUCCAGCUCUUCUUCAUCAACCAUGUCAUCCUCACAGACACAUUUAUUGGAUAUUUAGUUGGAAAUACCUUGUGGUUGAUUGCUGUUGGCUAUUACAUCUAUGUAACCUUCCUGGGAUACAGUGCACUGCCGUUUUUGAAAAACACAGUGACCCUACUCUACCCGUUUGCACCUCUCGCUGUGCUGUAUGGCCUGUCGCUGGCACUGGGCUGGAACUUCACCCACAUGCUGUGCUCCUUCUACAAGUACAGAGUGAAGUGACAAGUGACGGCAGCAUUGUGGCUGAACUGUCUGGUACUGGGGAAGGGACAUGCUCUUGUAAAGUCUGUAAAUUAUCUUUGUACAUAUCUUAAAGAUGUAAAGUUUACAAAUUUGAGGUGAUACUAACACUUAUCUAGACCAUUCCUUAAAACCAACCAAAUGUACAUUUCUAAUAGAUAUUUUUAAACGAAA